CCGAACACGGUGUUCGGCGUAAACACUGAGCAGGCCCCAACAAGAAUGCACUGGCCGACUCGUAAAAGCGAGACAGUACCAAAUCGACAUUAGUGGGGUGUGCGUCUCUUCGUGUAGCAAAAUUCACGUCAAUCAAUAUGAAUUCCGUAACCUCUUUACUAGAAACACCGUUUUCAACACGUGAUGCGCUCCAGCAACGCGAAAUCCAAGAAGCAGGCCGACCCAUGCCCAUACUGAAGAUGGCCAAUCUAGAAAUCGCCGACGAGAAUACCCUCGUGCAUUAUUUCAACAGUGAAAUUUACAAUAAGAACGACUGGAUAUGCGGUUGUACAAAGAAGAACGCUUUGUACUGUUUUCCUUGUCUUCUCUAUGGCGGUGACGACUAUUGGAGCACCUCUGGCUGCACCAACCUAGUACAUCUUUCGACGUCUAUAUCUAAGCAUGAGUUGAAUCCCGCUCACAUGCACAACAUGUUCAAUCAUUCCAGGAACUUCAACAAAACAAGCACGGAAGCCAUUCAAGAAAAAAAUAAACAAAUAGAGAAAAAUUUGCAGAUUUUGGAAGCAAUUAUCGAUACCAUCAAAUGCUGUGGAACGAACUCCAUCUCUAUUUUUGAACCUCCUCCUGACAUUUCUGACUACGACCAGGAAUCCUUCCAAGAUAUAUUCAUGCUCACUAGUCCAUCUGAUUCUUCAGUGAUGACAUAUCUACAAAAGGACCCAUUCCAAAAUAUGGAAUCGUUGAAAACUGAUUUAUUAAAAGCUGCAUCUGAGGUGAUAAGGGAGCAAAUAAUUGAAGAAAUACGAGGAACCCACUUCGUCUCAUUGAUCUUGGAAAGUGGUGACACAUUUCAUCCGAAAAUAAUAAUACUGAGGUACUUGAAUGGAUGCGAAAUCGUUGAAAGAAUUUGGAAGUUAAUAAAUGUAGAAAAUCUCAACUCUUUCAUGGAAACCCUCAUUACUGAUCUUCGUAGACUUAUACAGGAACCAACGGAAUUGAUUUCGCAAAGCAUGGAUCAAUUAUCAUUAAAAUUGCAAGAUGCGCAAUGUUCAGUCUACAAGAGUAUUCAAAGCCAUUUUCUUACAGCGCACUUAGUCUAUCUUUACAGUCACGAUAUUUUUGACGUUAUAGGCAGUAUGAUCCCUAUGCGAAGGCAAUAUCAAACAUUUUUUGGUAUGGUUUGGGGUAUUCAUAAGUUCUUUACAGAUGUAACAAUGCCCGAAAAUGUCAGAACUACUUAUGAGAAAGUUCAUAGGGGUCCAAUUAAAUUCACGGAAAAUAAGAUAGAAAACGUCUAUCUACACAAGAACACAAUACUUGGAACCAUGAUAACCAUAUCUAGAAAUUCCCAUGACUAUCCAGAUUACGUCGUGUCCCUAGCUGAAAGCUAUGUGAUUUCACUUCAAGAGGACCUACACACUGACUUGCUUGAAGCGUUUUACAAGAUGAUGCCCCACUUCAAGAAAAUCAUCAGUGAUUAUAAAAAUUCUGAAUCACCUACAUCUCAUGCAAACAUUUCCCUCAUAAACUCAAUACUCAAUGGGGAUAUACCGAAACACCAACAACAGGAAUUUAUUGGUGGAAAUGAAAACUCACAAGAAGUACAGGUGAAAAUUGAAAAUGAUAUGGAGAUACAAAUCAUUGAUCUUGAUUCGGUAAAAGAAGAAAUACCAGAAACCCUAGCCACUGCUAGGAUUUCUGGUAUCACUUUGGAAACUGUACCUACAACUUCUAAAAGAAAACGAGGUGAAGAAUUGCCUGGGAAAAAGUUGGGAAAGUAUGCCAAGGUGAUAUAUACCAUUAUAAAAGAACUUGAAGAAUUUUUAAAAUAUAGGACUAAUGUUCUUGCAUCUAAUUUGGUGGACCCAAAAAAAUUUCUUCAGUACAGUUUUCAAUACCCAGAUCAGUCUGUUACGACUGUAACAUCAGAACUUCAUUACUUUUCAGCUUUUGAAAGUAUGAAACUUCGUAAUGAACUAGAGGUUUUGUACAAUCAGCCAGAUUUCCAUUCAUUAACGAGUUCAUGUGAAGUUCUUGGAAUAAUUAAUGAGAAUAAUCUGACGUCCACAUUUCCAGAAACUGUAAAGCUGCUCAAGAUUGCUCUCACUUUUCCAACAAUAACAGAUGAUACGAAAAGAUGUUUCGACACUAAAAAUAAAGUUCGACGUUUUUUGAACAAUUCAGAGGUGUUCACGAAUAUUGACUGUCUGGUGUAUUUCGAUUGCGAGAAGGACUUCAUCAACAGUAUAGAUGACUUUAACAAGAAGGUGAUAACAAAAUUUGUUGGAUUGCCUAAUCGAGCUGAGGAUUUCAAACUUAUUACACAUGAGUGAUGAUGCAUUUCGGUGGAGAACUUGAGGAGAGAAAACAAUUUAGUCUGUGCCAUCGAAUAUUUGAAAUCUUAGUUAUGACUGUGUGUUUUCAUAUAAAUAUUUUCU